AUACCUCCAAGGCUAACUCAAAAGGCCAAAGUAAAUUUGUUUUGCAUACUCGAAAUAAAACCGAAUUCGAGAAUUUACUUUCUUCGUUAGAAUGUUGUUUUAAUAAAACCAUUAGAAGAGAUAUCGAUCCUUUAUCUAUGAAAUCAUAUGAAAAUGAUAAGAGUACUGUCAUGACUACCACCAUUGGGAAGUAUUCUUUCGGCUUAGGAUUCAUGGAUUCUGAUUCCGCAACUCAGUUUGACAAAUUAUAUGGCAGUAUUACUGUCGCAGAAGAUUCGAGUAUUGAAGCAAUUGGAUUGGAUACUCGUCGUACUCAUAGAAGUUCCUGUUUAACCGCUAUUACUAAUUCCACUGUAAAGGUACCAAAUUUGGAUCGUAUUGACCAAGCCAACCUUCCCUUGGAUGGAAAAUAUAAUUUCCCACCUAGCAACGGUUCCGGAGUGAAUGUUUAUUGUGUUGACACUGGCGUCAAUAGCAAACAUGCUGAAUUUGAAGGUCGAGCAACAAAUGGUGGGGCUUUCUGUGCUGGGUGUCCAAACACGGAUGAUAACGGUCAUGGAUCGAAUGUCGCCGGAAUUAUUGGAGGAAAAACUUACGGCGUGGCCAAGAAAUGUAAUAUAAUUGGCAUUAAGGUUAUGAAUGCUAGCGGCAUGGGUACAACUUCUGUUAUUAUAUCGGGAUUAUCAUUUAUUGCAUCAGCACAUAGCAAAAGCUCCAACAAGAACACCGUAGUAAACAUGUCUUUACGUAGUGGUUUAAAUACUGCAUUAAAUGCCGCAGUUUCUUCAUUAACAUCCAUAGGUAUUCAUGUGAUUGUCGCAGCAGGAAACGAUGCUAGUAAUGCUUGCAACUAUUCACCAGCAUCAGAACCUAGCGCUAUAGCAGUUGGUGCUACUGAUACUUCUACAGACAAUGUCGCAUCAUUCUCAAACACUGGAAAAUGCGUUGGCAUUUUUGCUCCAGGCACGCAUAUUGUUUCCUGCGGAAUUGGAUCCACCACUGCUACUUUAUCAGAAAGCGGAACCAGUCAAGCAUGUCCUCAUGUUUCAGGAACCAUUGCUUUGAUGAUCGCGUUAAAUGGAAAUAGAGAUCCAGCUCAAAUGAAGAGCGACCUUUAUAGUUCAUCUACCAAAAAUGUGAUUAAUGGAAUAGUUUCUCCAACUCCCAAUAGAUUGUUGCGUAUUCCUUCUAACUGCUAG